GUAUAUUGCGAAUCCGUGAGUGAUUGGAAACCCGUUAUCGUCCAGGGCUUUGGAGUUUCUCUCAUGGCCGACGCCGCCACCGCCGAUGCGGCGCCUCCGCCGUCGGCAAUGGGUUCGACGGCGAGGAAGAGGAAGCUGAAGCGUGGAAAGUCUCAGAAGUCGAACAAGAAACGAAAACCGAUCUCAAUGGCCUCGAAGAAACCUAAGAAACCUAGCCAGAAGAUGUUGAAGCUCUUCCGCAAAAGGGCCAGGGAUUACCAUUCCGAUGAGGAGGAGGAUCUCGACGAAACGGGAGAUAAGAAGAUUUUGGAAGAGAGUUCUGGCGAGGAGGAGGAAGCGCACGAGGAUUCGGAUGAUUCUGGACAUGAUGAUGAGUUUUCUGGGAGUAGUGAUGAUGAAGGGGAUGGAGCUCAGCAAGGGAUUACCAAGUUCACUGAGGGUUGUAGAGCUUUUAGGACGGCUUUCAGGAAGAUUAUGAAGAAGCACCUCUCCAAUGAUCCACUUGGUCCCAUAUUGUCCGCGAACAAGAAGCUUGUUGCAGAGAAGCUUGCCGAGGAGGUUGAAGAACAGAAGGUGAAGGGGGAGGCUAAGAAAGAGAAGCGUUUGGCAGGAGAAAAGGGUCAUGUGAUGCCUGCUAAUUUCCUGGAUGCAAAGGAGAAGUUUUUGAUUAGUGUUGCCACAAAAGGAGUGGUGAAAUUAUUUAAUGCGGUGAAUAAAGCACAGAAUCCUCAAAAAGGUUUGAAUCCUUCAAGGGCCAAAGAUGCAAAAGAGCUGGCAAAGCGGAGGAAGCAAGCUUUCCUAUCAGAGAUUCAGAAGCCAUCUACUCAAUCUUACGACAACACUUCAAAAUUGAACUCUUCCAAGUUCUCUAUACCUACAAACAAAGAGGAUAAUGAAGAAUCUGGUUGGGCUCCUUUGCGUGACACUUACAUGCUCACCAGUUCAAAAUUGAAGGAUUGGGAUAAAAUGGCAGAUCCUGCUUCAGUAGAUGAACCAGAAAGCAGGCAUAUGGAUAGUUCCUCAGAUGAGGAUUAACAAAAUCCUCUGUUCUGUAAGUAAGGUUGAGAUGGACCUGAUGUUGAUCUCCCUCUUAUUGAUGUGCAGUCAACUUGCCUUUGUUUCUGGGACAUGGACAUCACAAUUGCCAUAACAUCAACUGCCCUUCUGCACAGAGGCCCUAAUUCUUGGCAUGCUCUAGAGUCUAGAUCAACUGGAAAAGCUGUUUCCUUAUCUAUUAUUGUUGCCCAAUCUUAAGGGCAAAUUUUGGAGUCAACUGGUUUUGCUCUGAGAAGUGUCUUUGUUUUUCAAUUAUUGUAGGGUUCUUUACUGUCUUCAUAUGUACCCUAUAAAAACUUAAUGCUUUUGUUGUGAGAAUGAGAUUAAAAUAUUUAUGUCA